CCAUGUUCCUCAAGGUCAUAUGGAAGUAAGGGCGGGUUGCUUUGAAAAGACUCUUGGUUUCUACUGUAUCGUGUCGAACUCAGAAUCUUGGACUAUCAACUCCUAGGUGGUUGUCGGAUUAUUUAAAUCCGGUGUUAGCUUUAUUUCUAGUUGUUGUCUUUUCCCUUGUUAGAUUCAAAUUAACCCUAUGCACUUAUUGAAUCACUGGAUCAUUUUUCGUCAUUUUCUCUUCUAGAUUCUGUCUUAUCCACACUUCCUGCAACACGCGACGUAGCAUCGAAAGGCUAAACAACAAAGCAUGUUUCUGUGCGUACUAUCGUGUAUAUUUGUUUUAUUUGCUUCCGCCCCUGUGCUCUACCGAAUUCCGAAAGUACAGUAUUACACCAAAUUUGCUGUCUUUUUUUUGUUGAUCGUUAUCGGGUCAUUCAUUUACGCUAUCCGGCUAGCCUUAGAGGGCCGAAGAUAUGAAAAUGCUUGGAGGUUUGUAAAAUAUUUAGCAUUUGCUGGAAGGAUGAUAGGCCUAAACCCUAUUGUCGAGAACGCCCAUCUUUUACCUGAGGAACCGUGUAUUUAUGUUUCAAACCACCAAAGUUGCAUAGAUGUCGCAGGUGUCGGUGAUAUAUGGCCAAAACGUUGCACGGUAGUUUCUAAAGCUUCACUUAAAUACAUGGGCUUUUUGGGAGUAAUUAUGUGGCUAAGCAGGACUAUUUCUAUCAAUCGAUCACGUCAUUCAGAUGCUAUUUCUGCCAUGGAGAAUGCUGCCAUCGCAGCUAAACGGGAUGAAGUCUCGGUUUUCAUUUUUCCCGAAGGCACCAGGUCCGAUACCGUCACUCUCUUGCCCUUUAAGAAGGGAGCAUUCCAUAUGGCCAUCGAGUGUCAAUUUCCGAUUCAACCUAUUGUCAUUGAACCGUAUGCAAAGUUUCUGAACCACAAGACAAAACUUUUUAACAGUGCUACAUACAGAGUGAGAGUUCUACCUAAAAUUGACACUAAGGGGAUGAAUAAAUCUCAAGUUGAUCAGCUUCUCAAUGAAACACGUGAAAAAAUGGUGGCUGCGUUCGAAAUGAUGAAAAGCUCAACUUUAAACUGAAUGGUUUUAUUCUACUUCUGAGUUAUAUGCUUUUAUUAGUUCAUUAUGAUGAGCAAUAAUUACGUUUGUAUUUUUGUACCUUGAUUUAUGCAAUCCAACUUCCCAACUGAUUAUCUGUACUGCAUCAAUACGCCCCCCCCCUGUGAAAAAAUCUUAGAGGAUUUAUUUACUAAUUAGUCCACAACAAUUGUACUGAAGUAUCAAAUUAAUAUUUUAAGUUUUUCUGUAUUUUAAACAAAAACCCAGUGCGUAUUCGCGCACACGACUAGACUGCUACUUUUUACAAAGAGUACCCACAAGUAGUCUAUUUGUAUGAAAGUUUGAUUGUUGCAACGAAUAAAUGAAAAUGAAAGAGGUCCUCUCUUGAAGGUAUUUAGUAGUAAUAAAAUUAUUUGGAAACGGACCUGAUCAUUCUCUCACUGGUCAGCAUUGUAUUACUUUCCUUGUAUAUUUACUACAUUGCUGGCAUGUAAAAGCAAUCCUUAAUAUGUAAGCGAUUUACCCGUAAAGAUUUAAUUUGUUUUUAAAACUGCCGAAUAAGUAGUGUACUUCCAUGUAAAUUUUCAUUAUCCUUGAGAUACUCUUUACUUUUCCUUUUGUUAAUUUUUGAUCACAUUGUUGUGGUAUGAGAUGUACUUACUUGAACCCUAAUGGACUUUCGUGACAAAUUGUGCUCUUUUGAUAAACUUUUGUAUGAAACUCGUUUUCUUUUUUUAAUCACGAACGAGAGAUAUUUUACAUCCAUGUGAUUAUUUAGCCAAACUAGCUGGUCAUACAGACUUAAGUAGUUUUUGUUUAUUUACCUUCUUAUAAAUGAUCCCUUUAACAGUUAUAACAAAAUAAGAUAAAGCG